AGGCGUGGAGCGAAAGUGCUGAGUCUCCUCCAAGCUGCAGUCCACUCUCGAGCCCCCACCAGGUCAUCGGCUAAAACAUGGCACCCAAGAAGGACGCAAAGAAGCCCGAGCCAGCCAAGAAGGCUGAGCCUGCCCCUGCCCCUGCCCCCGAGGCUGCACCCGCACCCAAAGUGGAAACAGUGGAUCUGUCUUCAGUCAAGGUGGAGUUCACUCCAGACCAGCUGGAAGACUACAGGGAAGCCUUCGGUCUCUUCGACAGGGUGGGUGACAACAAGGUGGCCUUCAACCAGAUCGCUGACAUCAUGCGCGCUCUGGGACAGAACCCCACCAACAAGGAAGUCAACAAGAUCCUGGGCAACCCCAGCGCCGAUGAUAUGGCCAACAAGAGGGUGGAAUUCGAGCAGUUCCUGCCCAUGCUGCAGUUUGUGGUCAACAGCCCAAACAAGGGGACCUUCGAGGACUACGUUGAGGGUCUGCGCGUCUUUGACAAGGAGGGCAACGGCACAGUGAUGGGUGCUGAGCUGCGCAUCGUCCUCUCAACGCUGGGUGAGAAAAUGUCAGAGGCUGAGGUCGACGCCCUCAUGGCAGGCCAGGAGGAUGAGAACGGCUGUGUCAACUAUGAGGCUUUCGUGAAACACAUCAUGUCAGUGUAAGCGGUUGUGAGGAAGCACAUCUAUUUCUCCCGACCCCAUGGUGUCAGGACGUCCAUGCGCUGCUUCUCCAACCAGCGGGGGAAUGGAUUUAAAAAACGGACUAUGGGAUGUCAUUUCUAAGCCAUUCUUUUUGUCUUUUUAUGUUUUUUUUUUCCUUUUUCAUGUCCACUCCUGGAAGCCGUCUCUUUGUUUUGCAGCGGUUGUUGUCCUGCUGCGUGCGCUGGGGUGAAUCUCUCCACAGUGGGGCGGUAAGAAGGGAGUAAGGGGUGUCCCGGCUGCCCUCAACGACUGGACACACCUCCCUCCUACUCACACACUCCUUGUCGUUGGGAUGGCAAGGCCGAAGGUGCUAAUAUACCGCCUUCACUGUGGACUGACCCCCCCAUCCCACCCCUGUUUCUGUCCUCCCUUUCCCCAGAGUCUUAAUUUAUUUUUCGCCUCUGUCAUUUCUCAUAAUAAACUUUUCAGAAACUA